AUGAAAAGAUCCCCGCUGUCUCCCUCUCUGAAAAGAACCGUUUAUGUGACAGCGAUAACAUCCAGCGUAAUAGCAUCGGCGCUCUACCCACCAACGUCGCUGAUAAUACUCAACUAUGCGAAUGCCUUUCUUUCGGUUGCGUAUGCGCUCCGCGCCAUCGAGCUGCUUCUCGUCGACAAUCCGCGUCGCUUAUAUCGGCUGGUAAAGGUGAACGACUCUGCGCCUGCAGAAUAUGUGUGGAAACCCCUCCCUCCGGGAAUGACACUUGGACGACUCCUCUCCGUCUGCGAUCUACUCCUCAACCCCCGCGGUAUCGGCUGGGCGCAUGGCUCGAAGAGAUAUCUUCCAGAGCUGAAGAGGACGAAUAUGACUUCCCAGGACGGAUUCCAGCAAAAAGCAGAGAAGCAUCAAGAAGAAGAACGGUUCACUCUUAAUGUGGCUACGCAAAAUCGCCUCUCUUUCCUGGCCAAGGAAGCUUUGAAACUAUUCAUUGCCUACCUCGUCUACGACGCAUACUGCGUCGUUUUCGGGCGUAACUAUGCCGCUCUCUGCUCCAAUUUCCACUCAUUCCUCAACGGACCCCAUUUACUCCAGUUCGAGCUUCAAUACUUUGGCCACCAGCUCCGCCCCUCGCCAGAGGCAAGCGCGAAACUUGUCCGGCGGUUCCUCCUCCCACCAGCCUGCUGGGCGGCCUGCUACGCCUUCAUCGAUGGAAUCCAUGCAGCGGUUGCGCUGAUUGAUGUUGGCAUGCUUUACCUAGUUGCACCCACACGGGCUUCAGAUCCGUGGAUGUAUCCGCCUGUAUUCGGGUCGUGGCGAUAUAUGUUUUGGCCUAGACUGAAAGACAUCUGGGGCAAGCUAUGGCACGACCUGUGCCGGCGCACACUUAUUAGCAGUUCCUCCGCCCUCAUCCCGCGUCGGAUUCCCGUGUCGCUCGGUAGAUUUCUUGUUGGGUUCCUGUCCUUCGUUAUAUCAGGGGUUGUACAUGCUGCAGGAACAAUUCUGAUAUGGGCCACGGAUGUCACGUAUGUUAUCUGGUGGGGAUAUCGAACCGCACCGUCCUUUUUUAGCUACAGUAUGAUUCCUGAGUCGUUGGCGUCUGCCCCAUUGCCUGAGAGCUGGAGCAUUUGUGAACGUUUUUAA